AUGGUCAAAAAGGAGCAAAGUAGCAAGACAGAGGGCCAGGGAAGUGGAGAUUUAUUGGCAGUCUCAUCAUUUUCACCGUUAAUUGCGACAUCAAGUGCUGAGUUCCGCAAGAAGAUUGUAAUUGUAGGUGAUGCGCCUUGCGGAAAGAAAGCUCUCCUCAUUGCCUUUUUGAAAGGACCGAACCGUCAGGUUAGGAUAGACACCUUCCUGUUCGAAAAUUACAUCGUAGAUGUCGAAGUGGAUGGAAAACACGUCGAGCUUGCGUUGUGGGAUACUAGUGGCCAAGAAGAUUAUGAUAGACUGAGACCUCUCUCAUAUCCAGAUUCUCAUGUGAUUAUAAUAUGUUUUGCCAUAGACGACCCGGACACCCUUGAUAAUGUGCAAGAGAAGUGGGUUUGUGAGGUGCAGCACUUUUGCUCGGGGUUGCCAAUUAUACUUGUCGGGUUGAAGAAAGAUCGGCGAUAUGACCCCAAAACGAUCGAAAAGCUUUGCAAGACCGGUCAAAAACCAGUGACUUAUGAGCAGGGCCAAGCUGUUCAAAUGAUGAUAGGAGCCUACAAAUAUUUGGAAUGCUCUGCCAAGACGAAUGAAGGUGUCCGUGAGGUCUUCGAACACGCCACCCGAGCUUCGCUACUUGACCAGAAAAGGGGAAGGAAGAACAAGGGAAGGAAUGGGACAAGAGCCCUUCAACGUUUUUUGGGGAGGCUUCAUCUUGAGUAA